AUGAAAUUUGCUCAAUUAAUUUCUUCAAAAACUGUUCCCGAAUGGAAAAAAUCAUAUUUAGACUAUUAAUUGUUAAAGAAAACAUUAAUACCUUUUAAGCUCACUUAAAAAUUAUGUGUUAAAACUAAGUUUUAUAAGGGAGAAGAAUCAAUAAACCUUGUAGGAAUGAAGUAAGAUGAUCAACAAUUCUAAAAAUUUAAAGAAAUGUUCGAAAGUAAUUUGAUAUCUGAAAUUGAUAAGAUAAAUUAAUUUUUCCAAUUCAAAUUACUAAAUGUAAUUCAUAUUUGGAAAGGAUUAUAUGAAUCAUACUUACAUAUAAAUUGCAAAAGAAAAAAACUAGAGUCUGAUUUUGAUAAGUAAUACAAAAACUUAAAAACAGCCUUCCAUGCAUAUUACAGAUAGAUAAGACUGCUUAGAGGUUAUGCUGAUAUAAAUAAAGAUGGUGUAAGGAAAAUUUUAAAGAAAUACAAGAAAUAUACAAGAUAUAUUAUCACAAGCGAUGAUCUAGUUGAAAAAAUUUAGUUUAAAAUCAGAGAUGGAUUUCUUUAAAGAAAUGAAGAAAAACUGAAUACUUUAAUAAGUGAAGUAGAAGCAGUUUAUCUUAGCUUUUUUUACACAAGAUUUAAUCGAAAAAGAGGUAAAGAAGAACUAGAAAAGGCAUAUAAUUUUUAAGGAGAUUCAAGCAAUCUUUUUAUGUUUGGUAUCUUUACUGGGCUUGCUAUUUUGCUUGUUUGUUUAAUUUUUUAUGGGGUAUCCUAAGAUGAGACGAGUUCAGGUACAGAUGCUUUUAGUUUAAUAUUUCCAAUUUAUCGUGGAAUCGGUCUGAUCAUUUUGUAUCAGUGGUUAAUUGGGUGGAAUGUAUACAUUUGGGAGAAGUAUUAAGUUAACUAUAAAUUGAUUUUCAAGUUUAAUCAUCACUUCAGCACAGUAUCUCAGAUUCUGUAGAGGGCUGCUAUAUUUACAUUUCUUUUUUUGUUAUCAUUUUUUGCCUUUACCUUAGUAAAAUAGCAUGAAUAACCUACAUUAUAAGGAAUAUUACCCUUGUUGGUAUGGGUGGCAUUUUUAGGUUACAUCUUUUUCCCUUCUGAGAAAUGGUUUAAUCCUUAAGGUAGAAAGUAUUUCUAUAAACUCCUAAAAUUAAUCCUUUGUAUGCCUUUCAGGAAAAUGGAGUUCAGAAUAGGCUGGGCAACAGAUCAGUUAGUUUCUUUUAUUACUCCUUUAAAGGAUAUUGUUACAGCUAUACUUUUCUACACUUGUGAUUUUAGUUCUAACAAAAUAGCUUCAGAUAGAACAAGCAGUAUUUAAUAGAUAAUCUUAACAGGCUUUGUUAUGGCAACUAUCCCUUCAAUAAUGAGAAGUAUUUAAUGUUGUAGAGCAAUGUACGAUGAAAAAAAAUAUUUCGGAACAAAUAAUUUUUAUAAUUUACUUAAGUAUCAAAGUUCUUUAUUAACAAGUAUUUUAAGUUUUAUGCUCUCUCUAAUUAAAUUUAAUAAAUGGGAUUCUUACUAAACUCCUUUCCUUGUUGUUUGGAUAAUCAGUUCUGCUGUUUCUACUCUUUACAGUUAUUAUUGGGAUUUAAAAAAAGAUUGGGGUUUCUUGACCAAAUCUAAGAAUAAAUGGUUGAGAGAUCAUUUGGUCUACAAAAACCCUAACAUAUACUAUGCAGUCUUUAUAAGCAACUUUAUACUCCGUCUUGCUUGGGUAUUCAAUAUAUCACCAGGUUUCCAGGUUAGUUUUAUCCCAAAUAAAGAUUUGUUUAACUUUGUUAUUGGGCUUUUAGAAAUGUUUAGAAGGUGCUAAUGGAACUUAUUUAGGGUUGAAUUGGAACAUGUGAAAAACUGUGAUAGUUUCAAAGCAGUUGAUGACACUUCUCUUGCUAUUAAGAAUCUUGAUAGUACAAUCGAAAAAGAUUACUAAGAUAGAGACUAAGACAAAAUGGACAGACUUAAAUAAAAACAAAAUUUAACAAUUCACAAAUAAGCAAUGUCUAAGCACUUAAUUGAAAACAUAAAAAACCACUUCUUUUCAAAGUAUUAUCAAAAAGAUAAGUCUUAGGAAAUUAAUAAAAUAAAUAAAGAGAUAAAUAUAUUUAAAAAUAGAAUAUAUUCAAAACUAAAUUGA